UUAAUUUCGGAAAGCUUUCAGUCUUCUUCUUGUCGUUCUCACAUCUGGAUAUUUAAAAAAAAAUGGCAUUAUGUCAUCACCGUCGUUCCCGGCACCGAGAUGAUCCGGCCUAAUCGCCGAGUGAGGGCGGCCUGUCCGGGGUUGUGCUAAAUUUCGACGGACUUUAGUCGCAAAAUCAUCCGCCAGCGCCAAUACUUCAACCGAGCAUUUCUUCGCCUUUUUCAUUUUGCUAGUUUAGAAUCGAGAUUUGUCUUUCUCUUAUUAUUGCUAGUAGGCGCAACAUAAUAAUGCUUCGUCCAUUUACUCAGUGCCUGCCAACCAGGGCCCGGGCGUCAUGCUCCCGGGUCUUGGGGCAGGCUUCCAAGCUUUCGCUGGCGCGGAGAUCUAUGGCUACCGUUCACGUGAAGGGGAUUGAGAAGGACCCUACAGAACUCGACCGAGUCACAACACUUCCCAAUGGCCUACGAGUUGCAUCAGAAGCCCUCCCCGGAUCGUUCGCUGGUGUAGGUGUCUAUAUUGAAGGCGGCUCUCGAUUCGAAAACGACUCUCUCCGCGGCGUAUCUCAUAUCAUGGACCGUCUCGCUUUCAAGUCCACAUCGAAGCGCUCCGCAGACGAUAUGCUUGAACAGGUCGAGGCUCUAGGUGGAAACAUUCAAUGUGCCUCUUCAAGAGAGAGCAUGAUGUACCAAGCCGCUACCUUUAACAACGCUGUUCCCCCGACCAUCGAACUCCUCGCCGAAACGAUUCGCGAUCCUCAAAUUACGGAGGAGGAGGUAGCAGAGCAGAUCGAGACCGCGCGAUAUGAAAUUCGAGAGAUUUGGAGCAAGCCCGAACUUAUCUUGCCUGAGCUGGUGCACACUGCUGCGUUCAAGGACAACACGCUCGGAAACCCAUUGCUGUGCCCGGAGGAGAGAUUAGGUGUUAUUGACAGAAAUACUGUCUUGGCGUACCGAGAUCUUUUCUACCGACCUGAGAGAAUGGUCGUGGCUUAUGCUGGAGUCGAGCACGGAGAGGCUGUCCGAUUGACAGAAAAGUUCUUCGGUGAUAUGAAGAAGGGUAGCGAACAGGUUCAAGAGAUCACUGGCUCUGAGACAAGUGAGAGUGAAUUAUCGGAUAGCGAAGCCAGCUCAUCCUCAGCGUCUUCAUCACCACAGUCCUCCUCAGGUCUCCUCUCACGAUUCUUCAAGCACACUCCCUCCGCCUCUCAAAACCUUCAAAACCUCCCCUCCCAAAACGACAUCACAAAGCCCUCUAAAUACACCGGGGGCUUCCUCUCACUCCCCGCUCAACCACCUAAUCUGAGUGGUCUCCCCACUUUCACACAUAUUCACCUCGCUUUCGAGGGUCUACCCGUGGCUUCUGAUGACAUAUAUGCCCUCGCCACGCUUCAGACUCUCCUUGGUGGUGGCGGAUCUUUCUCUGCUGGUGGACCCGGUAAGGGCAUGUACUCUCGUCUGUACACCAAUGUCCUGAACCAGCAUGGCUGGGUUGAGUCAUGCAUGGCAUUCAACCACUCCUACACUGAUUCCGGUCUCUUCGGUAUUUCAGCAAGCUGUCUUCCUGGCCGUACCGCCAACAUGCUCGACGUUAUGUGCCAAGAGCUCCGUGCUCUAACCCUUACAACAGGUUUCUCACGCCUACAAGAGACCGAGGUUGCUCGUGCGAAGAACCAGUUGCGAUCCAGUCUCCUAAUGAACUUAGAGAGCCGUAUGGUUGAGCUUGAAGAUCUCGGCCGUUCCAUCCAGGUCCAUGGUCGCAAGAUCCCUGUCAAGGAUAUGUGCCGUCGCAUUGAGAACCUUACAGUGGAUGACCUUCGCCGUGUGGCUAAGAUGGUUGUCGGCGGCAAGGUGAAGAACCCUGGUGGCGGAAGCGGUGCCCCUACCGUGGUGCUUCAGGAAGCUCAGGCAUAUGGCGUGAGCAGCCACUCGAUGAGCUGGGAUCAGAUUCAAGAUCGUAUCGACAGCUGGAAGCUUGGCAGCACAUAGAUGCAGCGUAUGAUUAUCCUAAAUAGGCGAUGCAUGAGGUGCGUGUCGUUUGCCACUUACAAGAGAUCCUCAAAUGAUGAACGGGUGUAUAAUAGAGAGGGAUUGUCAUGUCUGUACAGGGCUGAACGGACAUCGGGAUGGUUGUAGCAUUAUCCGGAGCAUAGAGGUGAUGAUCUGGAAGAUAUGUAUUAUAUGAGCCCACGCGAUUACUCUACUAGACUCAAAAUUCAAUGUAUACCACUAGACAAAUGCAGACGAAUCUGAUGAAUCUAUAGAAUUCUUGUUCUAGAAUUUAUUAUGAAAAAAAUAUAGUGUUAGCAGA